AUUUCUCUUUCUCAGUCUCCCUCCAAUCCAGACCUCUAUGUGACGUGACCCUAUCUUGAGCAGAACAGAGAACAGAUAUAAAUUUCUGUAGUUCUUUGCUUGCUGAGGCAAACACCAUACUUCUCAGUCGCUGUCACCACUUAAUUAGUCUUGUCAUUCCGGCAGCCGGGAAUUUUCUACCCCACCGGACUCAACAGGGGAUGGCUAUCUCUACUGUACAGUUUGGUUUCUCUCCGAUAUCAACCGUAAAGCUUUCUCUUCGCCAAUCACUUACUUUCUUCUCCGACAGAACACAGGUAAUCUCGCAACUGCAAGGCAAUGGAAGUGGUCGGCGAGUGUGGCGGCGAAGAAAAUUGACAAAGAAGGAUGACAUGUUGCGUUAUAAAUUGGAGCGGAUUCCCUUCCUUGAAGAGCAAGUGAGGAAGGUACGGGAUGGUGGGAAGCUCUUGACACAUGAUAUUGAGAGAUUGUUGCUAUCAGAGGAUAACAGAUUUGAUUUUGUAAAUGAGGUAGCAGCAGAGGCAAAAGAAUAUGUCGAGAGUGACAGAGAUAAGUAUGGUGGUAAGAAAAAGGCAAUAUUUCAUGUGCUUAGUAACCGAAUGAACGAUGCUGGGUAUUACCGUCCAGAGGCAUAUGAGGAAUCUGACCCUUUCAAGCCUGGGCCUGGCUAUUUGAGACAAGAGUUGUAUGAUCUCUGAAAAUUAGGUAUACUACAUUAACAUUCAGCUAAACUCUCUAAUUUGUCAUUAAAAUUGUAUCAAUCUGAUGUUUAUACAUUUCUGAAGUGACUUUAGCUUUGUUUUCAAAUCUAGAAUAGGAAGGGUUAAGCCACUCGUUUUUUCUUUUCUUUUUAUCUGUUGCAUCAAAAAUGCUUACAAGGGGUUGCCAUCUGCUAGGGUUAUUCAUUAAUGAUUGAAUGUCCAGCGCAGCUUUUUGAUUUGGGAAA